CACGCUGUCUAGUCACAGAGGAAGGCUGUGCUUCUCUGGUCUCAGCUCUGAGGUCAAACCCCUCACACCUGAGAGAGCUGGACCUGAGCUACAAUCACCCAGGAGACUCAGGAGUCAGACUGCUCUCUGCUGGACUGGAGGAUCCACACUGCAGACUGGAGAAACUCAAUGUGGAACAUGGUGGAGAGUACACAAUGAAACCUGGACUUAGAAAAUAUGUCUGUGAUCUCACACUGGACCUAAACACAGUAAACAGACACCUUGCUCUGUCUGAGGAGAACAGAAAGGUGACAUGUAGGAGAGAGGAGCAGCCGUAUCCUGAUCACCCAGAGAGAUUUGAGGACUGUAGACAGGUGCUGUGUAGAGAGGGUCUGACUGGGCGCUGUUACUGGGAGGUAGAGUGGAGUGGGAGAAGGGCUGAUAUAGGAGUGACAUAUAAAGGAAUCAGCAGGAGAGGAGGGGUUAAGGACUGUUAUCUUGGAUGGAAUGACAAGUCCUGGAUUCUGUCCUGCUCUGACAACAGUUACAUUGCCUGGCACAAUAAUAAUCCCACUACAAUAGACGUCCCCUCCUCCAGCUCCCACAGAGUAGGAGUGUAUCUGGACUGGCCAGCCGGCACUCUGUCCUUCUACAGAGUCUCCUCUGACACACUGACCCACCUGAACACAUUCACCUCCACAUUCACUGAGCCCCUCUAUCCAGGGAUUCAUAUUUGGUAUGAUGGUGACUCAGUGUCUCUGUGUCAAACACAAUAUGAUGUUUCACUCUAGUCAGGGUCAUGUUCAGUAAGACACUGGAGCAACAAUGUAGAAUAUCUCUCUAGUGUGUUAACCUCUCUAUCCAGGGUGUUUGGUAUGAAUAUCUCUCUAGUGUGUUAACCUCUCUAUCCAGGGUGUUUGGUAUGAAUAUCUCUCUAAUGUGUAAACCUCUCUAUCCAGGGUGUUUGGUAUGAAUAUCUCUCUAGUGUGUAAACCUCUCUAUCCAGGGUGUUUGGUAUGAAUAUCUCUCUAGUGUGUAAACCUCUCUAUCCAGGGUGUUUGGUAUGAAUAUCUCUCUAGUGUGUAAACCUCUCUAUCCAGGGUGUUUGGUAUGAAUAUCUCUCUAGUGUGUUAACCUCUCUAUCCAGGGUGUUUGGUAAUAUAAAUGAUAGGUGUGUACAAUCGUGUUACUCUGGUUGUGUAAAUUGCUGUUUUCACAUAAAUCUGUACGUAAUUCACCACGGCUGUCCACAUCUCAUGUUACUCUGGUUGUGUAAAUUGCUGUUUUCACAUAAAUCUGUACCUAAUUCACCACGGCUGUGCACAUCUUGUCUGUUCCGAACAAAGUCUCUCCUCAUCCUCUAUUCUAAGAACCAACAGUUCUUGGUUCUCGUAAGAGAACACAGAGGAUUCUGAAUAGUUGGCCACCUCAUCCACUAGAUAUGUGUUGGUUCGACACAUUGAGUCAGUUGUGGUGGAACCAGCCAUGACUAAGCAUUAAUAGGUUUACUAUAUGAGACCUCUGUUGGUUUCUGUAUGUCAGAGCUCUUGGCCCAACACUCAAGAGUGUGGGGUCGACCAGCCUCAUUAUUGCAGGGCUCUCAACGAAUCACUUAUGGGUGCAGUGAUUCAGGGCAGGUGGAGCUGUUAUGAGCCCCAAAUCUUUACCAACAUAAAUCAAAUCCCACCCAAAAAUGGUGGCUUGCUUGUUUUGCAUGUUAUUUUGGCAUUAAUAUGUGACACAUCAGUUUGCAAACAAUGUAAUUUUUUAUAAUAUAUGUAUCAUUGAAUUAAUAAAGCUCUAUAGAAACAUG